AACGAAAGUGGAAGUCAAGCCUGCUAGCUACAGCGGUGGACUUGUUUCAACUCUGCUGGAGGCUGAGGAGACCUCUGAGGGUUGAAAUAAAGAGUAGUAUUUCAGAACUCUUCACUUCCAACUCUUCUCUGAAGCCUCAGCUUCUGUCAGCCAGGCUUGAGAGCCGUGGCUAUGGCCCUGCAAACUGUCCUCUACAGUCUUCAGGAGGAGCAAGCCAGGCUCAAGACAAGGCUGCAGGAGCUGCAGCAGUUGAAAAGAAACCGCACAGGCUCUCCCAGAGACAAGGUCCCAUUCCCGGUGCCCGAAGUCCCUCUGGUAUUCCAAGGCCAAACUAAGCCGAGCAGGCAAGUGCCCAAGUCUCUAGUUUCUAACAUGAAGAUCUGCUGCCCUCUGCCUGGAGGUUCUGCUCUGGUCACCUUUGAGGAUCCCAAAGUGGUAGAUCGGCUGCUACAGCAAAAAGAACACAAAGUUGACAUAGAGGACUGCCGGCUGCGGGUGCGGAUCCAGCCCUUGGAGCUGCCCGUGGUGACCAACAUCCAGGUGUCCAGCCAGCCAGAUAGCCACAGGGUGCUGGUCAGUGGCUUUCCUGCUGGACUUAAGCUGAGUGAAGAGGAGUUGCUGGACAAGCUGGAGAUCUUCUUUGGCAAGUCCAAGAAUGGAGGCGGGGAUGUGGAGACCAGGGAGAUGCUGCAAGGGACCGUCAUGCUGGGCUUUGCUGAGGAAGAAGUGGCCCAGAACUUGUGUGAGAUUGGCCAGUUCAGAGUCCCACUGGGCCGGCAGCAGGUCCUCCUGAGGGUUUCUCCCUAUGUGAGUGGAGAGAUCCAGAAAGCUGAGAUCAAAUUCCAGCAAGCACCUCAUUCAGUGCUGGUGACAAAUAUUCCCGAUGUCCUGGAUGCCCAGGAGCUGCAUGACAUCCUGGAGAUCCACUUCCAGAAGCCCACCCGUGGGGGCGGGGAGGUGGAGGCCCUGGCAUUUGUGCCCCCGGGGCAGCAGGGCCUGGCUGUCUUCACUUCUGAGUCAAGCUAGGUCUGCAUGCCUAAUGCUACCAAGAACAGUGAAUGCCAACCUGGUGUGACAGCCUUUACUUCAGGACAGCUGAGGGAGAGGGCAGAACCCAGACCUUGACGCUGGCUUCCCACCGCUUUGUUUGUUUUCUCGAGACUAGAUUUCUCUGUAUAUCCCUGCGUUCCCUCUGUAGACCAGGCUAGCCUGGAACUCAGAGCUGCCUGUCUCUGCCUCCAACUGCUGAGAUUAAAGAUGCGCACCAUUACCA